AUGGGGAAUAUUAAAAGAGUGCCAGUCUGCAAAACAACCGACAGAAGCAAACGCAGCAUCAUCAUGAGCAACAAGCCAACAAAGGCCGAGAUUGAGGAAUGGUUUGCCCAGAAGGAAUCAAGCGGAGAGAAGAUCAGCGGGGCGGAGAUAGGCGAGCUGCUAUCUGCCCAGGGAUACUCUGAUGAGGAUAUUAAGGCCAUUGCCGACCAUGCCAAGAUGGACGCCAGCACUCAACUCACUCAAGAUGAGUUCAUUGACUUCAUCAUUGGUCUUGCGGUCCUCAACCACAUGGCAGCGAGAAUCCGCAAGAAGAUCAGACGCGAAAUCCGCAAACGUGGUGGCAAAUUGACACCCGAAGAGGUCAUGGAAGUCGGCCCCAUUCUUGGCAAAGAUUUCAAGGAAGACGUCGCAAAGGGAAUACUAGAAAAGCUGGCAAAGGAUGGCGAAGGCAAAAUCAACGGCGAGGAGUUCGUUAAACAAUACACAGAGGCUGUGAGCCCAAAGAAAUAAUCUCAACCACAUACUUUAUAGGACAGUAAUAGAACUGAAAGUAAGCUCCAGAGGUAGAUGCAAAUAAGGAAUUUUCGCUUUCAUAUUCAAUGUGUUAAGGUGCAUUUGUAUGAAAGUUUUCACUGGGAGGAUGCACUACCAAAGACUGUGUACGUGCAAUUCAAUCAAAUGAUUUAUUGCAUACCCGUCUCUUUCAACAUUGCUGAGUAAACCCUAUUGAACGUGCGCAUGUUCAAAAAAUAAAUCAUAUCCUUUUUCCUUUUUUGUAUAUAUCGUAUUUUGUUACAUUUUUGUAAGAAAUGAAACGUGUUGAAACAAUACACGGAGGAGAGCUUCGACCAAAGUGAUCAUAUGGGCAAGAUGGCUACCCCUUGGUAUUUCUUUCAAUCCAACAGAUGGCACUAGAUGUAGU